GCUAGAGUGCGCAGGAUUCGGGGAGCUGUUUCCGAGGUUAUUCCAAGGAAAAUGAAGCCUAACAAUGAGUGAAGAAAACCCCAAUAGAAGCCGACUCCAAAUACUAACUUCACAUUUUACUGCCAUGGCUUCCGAGAAAGAAGCUGCUCUUCUUGCUGUUCCUUCAGAUUCUCCUACCAUAUUUGACAAGAUCAUUAACAAGGAAAUCUCAGCAGAUAUUGUAUUUGAGGAUGACAAGGUUUUAGCUUUCAGAGACAUAAAUCCUCAAGCUCCUGUGCACAUUUUGCUUAUUCCCAAGGUCCGGGAUGGCUUAACUGGACUUUCCAAGGCUGAAGAAAAGCACUGUGAGAUUCUCGGUCAACUUCUUUACACAGCAAAGCUUGUUGCCAAACAGGAAGGUCUUCUCGAGAACGGGUUCAGACUCGUGAUCAACGAUGGGCCUAGUGGAUGCCAAUCUGUUUAUCAUCUUCACCUUCACCUUCUCGGGGGACGACAGAUGAACUGGCCACCUGGCUAAAAGGACAUCGAGACGAAUUCCAGAUUUCAUCCUAUCAUCUAUGUGUAGCACUUGCUAAAAAACACUUCAUCAUCUAUGUGUAGUAUUUGAAGAAUCAAGAUAGAAACUUGUGCUAUGCUCCUAUGGAGACAAAUUGGUCUCCUUUUGACAAUUAUGCUAUUCAUCAAUAAGGAGAGAUUUCUCUGCACUCUUACAUAA